GUGUCAAUAUUGUGAAAACGCCAUAAGAGGCGCUGCAAUACCAUUUCCUAUUUCUUUUACUUUGUGUAUGGUGUCAGAGAAAGUACGUUCAGAAUGCAGAUCUUCGUCAAGACCUUGACGGGGAAGACCAUAACCCUUGAGGUCGAGCCGUCCGAUACGAUCGAGAACGUGAAAGCCAAAAUUCAGGAUAAGGAAGGAAUUCCUCCAGAUCAGCAGCGUUUAAUCUUCGCCGGAAAGCAGCUGGAAGAUGGUCGCACUCUGUCGGAUUAUAACAUCCAGAAGGAAUCUACUCUCCAUCUAGUGUUACGUCUGCGCGGUGGUGCCAAGAAACGAAAGAAGAAGAAUUAUUCCACCCCCAAGAAGAUCAAGCAUAAGAGGAAGAAGGUCAAACUUGCUGUACUGAAGUACUAUAAGGUCGAUGAGAACGGCAAGAUUCAUCGUCUGCGUCGCGAGUGCACUAGUGAGACUUGUGGUGCCGGUGUAUUCAUGGCUGCUCACGAGGAUCGUCAUUAUUGCGGAAAAUGUCAUCUGACACUUGUCUAUUCAAAACAGGAGGAAAAAUAGAGAUGUUAAAAUCAUGAAUCAAGAGAUUUUGUGUCAAGAUGUUUUCGUAAUAUUUAAGGAUCAUAAAAAUUAAAUGGGUAGUAGUACAGUUUCCUAUCUGUACCACUUCAAAAGUCUA